AUGCCGAAAGUAAAGGUUGCAAUUACAAGGAUGAAAAGUGAAAAAAAGAAAUAUUGUGGCGGCCCAUGUGAACUAUCAACGACAGAUCCAAGCACUUUUAGACAGCAAAUUAGCAAUAAUAUAAAAUCAAUUUGGGCUACAGUAAACCCAAGAUUACCUCUUAUAACUGACAAAUCUAUUAAUAGGAAAGUUAAAGAUCUUCUCGUACUUGUAAAAGGUAUUAAUCGCAAGCACGGAAAAGCAAGCGCUAAAAGAAAUCUUGAUGCAAACUUGGACAAACUUUUUGAUAUUUCUGCGUGUUCCUGUUCAUUAGAUGUGUUUCCCUGUAGUGACAGAAAAGUUUCAUACAGAGCUUAUCUUCGUGAUCAGAGGAAAAAAAGUGGUCCAAAAGGCGCAUAUCAACUUUCUUCCGUCGAUAGAUUAUCUGUCAAAAGGAUUCAAAGCCUUGAUAAAGAACGACAAAAAAUAUCUUAUAAGCUAGUUAAUGAAGACGAAUCCCUCAUAGCACAAGUAAACUUAAUUGAAGAAACAAGUGGUUUGACCAAUACGGAGGAUGAAGGUGAAUGGAAACCAGUAAAUAAUCCUAUUGGAAAAUACAACUUAGUUAAACUUUCAAAAUUUGCAAUGGAAUUAGUCAGAAAUGAGUGUUCGCCAAACGUAGGUGCAGCCCUAGCAAAUGCUUUACUACAUGACAUAAAACAUCUCUUGAAAAAUGACGUUGAUAUUAAAGAUAUUUUGAUUGACAAAUGCAAGUUAGAUAGGGCCAAGUCAAAAGUAAAAAUCGUUAGUGAAGAGGUGGACUCAGAACAAAAAAAACAGUUAAUUUGUCUUGGGUUUGACAGCAAGCUCGAUCAAAUAACUAAAACAAGUAUAAUAAUAAACUUACCUCAAGGAGAAGUACUAAAGAAAUGCAUUGAACCUGAACAUCACCUCACAUUUACUUAUGAAGAUGGAAAAUCGAGUGGAAAUUAUUUGACUCAUAGGACGAUUCCUGUCACCGGUGCUACAGGUUUAGUUCUUGCUACCUAAACGUUUAGUGUUUUACAAGAACAUAACAGUUUGGAAAGUAUACAAGCUGUUCUUCUUGAUAAUACUGCUACCAAUACUGGACCAAUAAGUGGCUUAGUGGUAAAACUAGAAGAGUUUUUAAAAAGAAAACUUAAUCUAAUUGGAUGCGCAUUACAUCAAAAUGAACUUCCGUUAGGAGCUCUUUUUGUAAAACUUGAUGGUGACACAACUGG